CCUCGCCAGGAGUACACCCCUCGCCAGGAGUACACCCCUCGCCAAGAGUACACCCCUCGCCAGGAAUACACUCCCCGUCAAGAGAAGGACACUGGCGCCGAAGCCUACACCCCUCGCCAAGAGUACACCCCUCGCCAGGAAUACACUCCCCGCCAGGAAUACACUCCUCGCCAAGAGAAGGGCACUGCUGCCGAGGCCUACACUCCUCGCCAAGAGUACACUCCUCGCCAAGAGUACACUCCUCGCCAAGAGUACACCCCUCGCCAGGAAUACACUCCUCGUCAAGAGAAGGACACUGGCGCCGAAGCCUACACUCCCCGCCAAGAGUACACUCCCCGUCAAGAGUACACUCCCAGCCAGGAAUACACUCCUCGCCAAGAGAAGGACACUGGCGCUGAAGCCUACACUCCUCGCCAGGAGUACACCCCUCGCCAGGAAUACACUCCCCGCCAGGAAUACACUCCUCGCCAAGAGAAGGACACUGACGCCGAAGCCUACACUCCUCGUCAGGAAUACACCCCUCGUCAGGAAUACACCCCCCGUCAAGAGUACACCCCUCGCCAGGAAUACACUCCUCGCCAAGAGAAGGACACUGCCGCCGAAGACAAGGCAAACUAA